UCUAUCCACAACAAUGUGGCUUCAACAGCAGAAAAGUUCACCUUUGCAGAUUUAGCACAUUAAAAAUAGACUAUUAUUCACAAGAAAUGGGCAACGGACUAUGAAGCGAGAACUUUAUUUGUGAGGGUAUAAGCGCAAAGCUGCUUAUAGAUCCUCUCUACCCUCUCCAGGUCAGGUUGAGCGCACAAGGCGCCAUCUGUUCUCUCCCUCUCAAACCCGGGCCUGACAGUCUGAAUAACUCUUGGUCGGAAUGACAUUUGUUGCUGGCAGUAAAAUGGACUUCGUGUCCCCGCGAUAUCACAAGCAGUCCCUAGCUCAAACGCUCUGUCGUUUGGGAUUGUUCGUGAUCUGUAUGGGAAUGGUGUUGACCAUGUCUAUGUAUCCCAUGCUGAGGUUCCUGGGUGGAAAGCUCCAUUCUUCCUUUACAGGGAGCUAUCUACCUGGACACCACUCUGUUCUCCUCAUCAACUGCCCCAACGAACAGGCAGCCAAGGACAUCGGCCGAGCCAUUAUGGAGAGGAGGAUGGCAGCAUGCAUCAAUAUUCUGCCCAGGACCUCCACCAUGUAUUACUGGAAAGGGGAGAUUCAAGAUGCGACGGAAAUUCUGAUGUUGGUGAAGACGAGGACCUCGAAGACCCAAAGGCUCAUAGACUAUGUCAAGUCUGUGCAUCCCUAUGAGACUCCAGAGGUGCUUAGUUUCCCUGUGGAGGACGGGAGCCUGCCCUAUUUGAAGUGGGUGGAUGAGGCUGUUCCUGACGACUGACCAAUCAGGGAGAAUAUCCUCAAUGACUUGUGAUCUUAUUGGACGUGAAUAUCCAAUCUAUUGGUUAUCUGGAGAGUAAGGCAACAGAGAUUGGCUGGGAACCAGCAAGCUUUGGAUUGGCUUGAGGGGUUCCAAGUUCAAACUCUUGCUUUUGAACUUGAUCCACAGAUGCUAAAUGUUUAGCUCCUCCCACCAUGACAUUGAUAUUGACUCAUCUCAGAGUUUUUAUAGCUCUGUUUUAUACAGGUCCUGCUGUUGCCAUUGAAAUUCCGAGCUUGACAUGACCUCUGUAACGUUCAUUGUCAGUUUGUCAGACCUGAAAGAGUUUGUAGCUCCAGAUCUGCAGAUAAUUAUCUCGAAGCAACAUUAAACAUUAAAUAAUAAUAUUCAGUGUUGAUUCAAGGUAUUAGUUACGUUAGAGUAUUGUUAUUUAAAAUUAUUUAUAUUGCAUUGUAUUCCUAAAACAUCAGAUUCAUGUUAGAUUAAUGAGACCUGCUUGAUAUUUGUGUUCUAAGGAUAAAUUUGUGAUAUAGGACUCGUUUUACUGUGGAUAUAGAUACUUUUGUACCUGUUUCCUCCAGCAUCUUCACAAGGUCCUUUGCUGUUGUUCUGGGAUUGAUUUGCACUUUUCGCACCAAAGUACAUUAAUCUCUAGGAGACAGAGCGCGUCUCUUUCCUGAGCGGUAUGACGGCUGCAUGGUCCCAUGGUGUUUAUACUUGCGUACUAUUGUUUGUACAGAUGAACGUGGUACCUUCAGCCAUUUGGAAAUUGCUCCAAGGAUGAACCAGACUUGUGAAGGUCUACAAUUUUUUUUCUGAGGUCUUGGCAGAUUUCUUUUGAUUUUCCCAUGAUGUCAAGCAAAGAGGCACUGAGUUUGAAGGUAGGCCUUGAAAUACAUCCACAGGUAUACCUCCAAUUGACUCAAAUUAUGUCAAUUAGCCUAUCAGAAGCUUCUAAAGCCAUGACAUCAUUUCCCAAGCUGUUUAAGGGCAGUCAACCUAGUGUAUGUAAACUUCUGACCCAAUGGAAUUGUGAUACAGUGAAUUAUAAGGGAAAUAAUCUGUCUGUAAACAAUUUUUGGAAAAAUUACUUGUGUCAUGCACAAAGUAGAUGUCCUAACCGACUUGCCAAAACUAUUGUUUGUUAACAAGGAAUUUGUGGAGUGGUUGAAAAACGAGUUUUAAUGACUCCAACCUAAGUGUAUGUAAACUUCCGACUUCAACUGUAUACGUUGUACAUGCCACGUACAAGUCUGAAUUUGAUGCUGGGGUGGGAGCUUUUACAGUUCAUAUUUUUUUAAAGAGAAUGUUUAUUGAAAGACAAAUAUUUAAUCUAUUUCCACAUUCAUAUACCCUAUCCAUAUUUUCUGUUUUUUUUUGCCUUACGUGAAGAAGAGAUUAGGAACAUGCACUACCACUCAAAUUCAAUGUAUGCUGUAGCUUGUUGUGUUUAUGCAUCUUUAGCCAGUGAUCCGUGGCUCUUAGAUCCAGAGACGAAGCUGUGUCCACAUUAAACCCGUUCCCCUGGGUACACAGAGCACAGAGAAUAAAGGUCCAGCAAUUUAGGUCCCAGACGGACCCGGGCCUGGUGAAAGCAGGGACUGUUGGGUAACACACAUUAAAGCAGUCAGGUCACUGUUUACAUUGGAUACUGUACUGAGCUCUGGUUUAUAGAAACACACAGUGAACAUAGUGUACACUGACUGACUGAACAUUUUUCUCAAACAGGCCCAGUUUGAGGGGAUUGACUUAUCAUGGUACAAUUGUCAGAGGAAGUUUUGUUUGCUUCCUCUGAGACUUACAUACCAAUGCUGGUUAAACCAAUCUAUAAUUUGAUGCAGCCUUACUCGCUUACCUCGCUGAAGUUAGAAUGGGGGUUAGUCCCCAAUUCUGGCAUCAAGGCCUCACAAAGGAAAUGCCGACAUGGCUAAGCAAGGUUUUGUUCCUGUGGAUUUAACAAUAAUCCACUUUACCCCAAAUGUCAGCAGAUGGAUGUGGAGGGGUCAGUAUGUCCUAACUGAUUUAUGUCCGUGAAUGAGUGGCUGACUGGGUUUUGUAGGUUAGAGGGGGACACUACAGACACAAUUUGAAAUUGUCAAGUGCAUGCUGCAGUAAUAUUGCAAUGCCAUUAGAGGGCACUGCUACUGUAGCGUACUCAUCACACAUAUCCAAUAACUUUGGACUUCUAACACUUGACACAUUAUUCUAGUUUAAGUGGUAUGUUGCCGAAGAGAUUUUUACAUUUGUUGUCAUUUAGCAGACGCUCUUAUCCAGAGCAACUUACAAUAGUGGAAUACAUUUCUGUAUUUUUUCAUACUGGUCGCUCCUGGAAAUUGAGCUCAACCCUGAGCUGUGUUCGAAUAACUGUACUAACAUAUUGUAUACUGCAUACUUAAUGAGUAUAUACUAUAUACUAUUAGUUCAUUUUAGUGUACUGUAAACGGAACAGUAUCCUUUCAGUUGAGCGUCUAGCUCUUCGCCGGACUACCGGAAGUUGAUGCUGUUGCUAUGCAACCUCUUGCUAGCUAGUUAGCAUAAAAAAUUACUAGUUAGACAUUUUAUGCCUUCGGGUGUGUUGCCAGACUGCGCUCCUAAAUUCAGAGCAUUGUCAGAUUGUCCGUUUGUAAAGAGCGUUAGAGCGCACACUGACGUUAGGGCCGAGGAGUAGGGUUGAUUUGAGCAUUCUGCACUUACAACGUCAGUCAAGCACCAAAGCUAACGUUGCUAGCUUGCUUGCUACCUCCAGACACAAAUGAGAGUGAUGACCCUGACCAUUUUACUCGCCAUAGCAGAGCAGGUUAGGCAGUUUAUGUUAUCUAGAGCGUUGGAGACUAACUGUGUUGCUGGCAACAAUUUAAAUACGCUUUUUUGCUGACGUUAUCUGACACCGGCCAUAUUCAAACGGUGUUGAGCGCUCAUAAAUUCAUUAUUCUGUGCUCUGGUACACUCAGACAUGAGUGCAGUGAUGCCAAUUUAGCAAUUUUGUUGCUAGAUUUAGCAACUUUUUUUUCAAACAGCACCUAGCUACAAAUUUAGCUACUUUUAAAAAUGUAUUUUGAACUUUUAGCAACUUUUGAAAAGUGGCUAAAAUGCACGCAUUUUCCCUCUAAAUGACACAAAAACGAUUUUCUCUGUCACACACGCAGUCACAACACACGUGCCUGGCUGCAAAAGUGCAUUGUGAGUGACGUCAGCAGCAGGCGCUCAGCCCGUGCACAGGCAGCAGCCGGCCAGCAGCGAUUUCAGCUAAUUGCAAAUCAUUGUUGGCUGACAGCAGCAGCAGUAGCAGUAGCACGGGUUCGACGACGACGAGCCAAACCCAAUGAUUAUAGUUGGUCACGAACGUUUGAUCUUAAACAGAACUUACAACAUGUCUCCAUCAAAUUUGUACAGCCAGACGAACAGAAGAGUGGGAGUCUGUACCUGAACAAACGUCAAAUCAUAUUUUUCGUUGAGAUGGCCAGUCAAUUUGAGUAACGUUAUUGUGUAUUCUACUCAAUGACAUCACAACAUAAUUUAGCAACUUUUAGCAACAAAUCAACCUGCCUCUAGCUACUUGAAAAUUAGUUGGCAACACUGCAUGAGUGCUCUGAAAUCAAAAUCGGAGUAGGUAGUCAGAGCGAAUUUAUGAAAGCUUCCAAACGUCCAUUGAGAACGCACAUUGACUAUAUCAUUUAGCGAAGCUAAGAAUGACGGGAAUAAUCAAUAAACGUUGGGUAGUUAGUUAGAUAGCUCAUACUUAAUAUACUGGUAAGUUUGAUGUUGUCUUGUUUUGCACGAUUUGUACAAAAUAAUAAAAUGCAGUACUACAGGAUAUUUCUUAACGUAGCUCUUUAUUAGCUAGCUAUAACUGGCAUGUUCACGUAUCGCCAACCAGGAUCAAACUGACCAUGACCUAACCAUUUGGGUGGUCUUAACCAAUCAUAGCACAGUAUGAUAUGGAGGUAAAAUGCAUCCAAUUAUAAUUCAGUAUGUUUAUACAUAUGAAUAUUACAGAUGUAUAAGUAACCAACUAACGUAAGGUAAUUAGCUAACAUACCGGUACAUACUGCUGUAAUGAUAUGCGUAGCUGACAAAUUGUCAGCCAACAUAACGUGUACGGUAACUUAUUUGAAAAGUAAUUACUUUAUUAUAUUGCUCAACAUGUUGUUAACUUCUUGAGAAUACUUGGGGUGCUGUUUUCGCAUUAGCAUAAUUUCCUCUACAGAUUAAACUGCCUCUUAUUCAAUUAUUGCUCUUACUAUAUGCAUAUAAUUAAUACCAUUGGAUAGAAAACAAUCUAUAGUUUCUAAAACCGUUUCAAUUUUGUCUCUGAGUGAAACAGAAGUCAUUUGACAGCACUUUCCCUGACCAAGAAGAAGAAUGCAAGAUGUGUAUACUCGCUUCAACGCUCUGCCUAUAUAUGGUCAUGCCACCUAUGACCCGAAACACACUUCAUUCGUCUUCCUCUGGGUGUCAAGAGGACGUCAGAGGAGAAAUUUUUUGUUUUUUUAUUUAUUUUAUUUAUUUCACCUUAAUUUAACCAGGUAGGCUAGUUGAGAACAAGUUCUCAUUUGCAACUGCAACCUGGCCAAGAUAAAGCAUAGCAGUGUGAACAGACAACAACACAGAGUUACACAUGGAGUAAACAAUAAACAAGUCAAUAACAUGGUAGGAAAAAGAGAAUCUAUAUACAAUGUGUGCAAAAGGCAUGAGGUAGGCAAUAAAUCGAAUAAUUACAAUUUAGCAGAUUAACACUGGAGUGAUAAAUCAUCAGAUGAUCAUGUGCAAGAAGAGAUACUGGUGUGCAAAAGAGCAGAAAAGUAAAUAAAUAAAAGCAGUAUGGGGGUGAGGUAGGUAAAUUGGGUGGGUAGUUUACAGGUGGACUAUGUACAGCUGCAGCGAUCGGUUAGCUGCUCGGAUAGCAGAUUUUUAAAGUUGUUGAGGGAGAUAAAAGUCUCCAACUUCAGAGUUUUUUGCAAUUCGUUCCAGUCAUUGGCAGCAGAGAACUGGAAGGAAAGGCGUCCAAAUGAGGUUUUGGCUUUAGGGAUGAUCAGUGAGAUACACCUGCUGGAGCGCGUGCUACGGGUGGGUGUAGCCAUCGUGACCAGUGAACUGAGAUAAGGCGGCACUUUACCUAGCAUAGCCUUGUAGAUGACCUGGAGCCAGUGGGUCUGACGACGAACAUGUAGCGAGGGCCAGCCGACUAGGGCAUACAGGUCGCAGUGGUGGGUCGUAUAAGGUGCUUUAGUAACAAAACGGAUGGCACUGUGAUAAACUGCAUCCAGUUUGCUAAGUAGAGUAUUGGAAGCUAUUUUGUAGAUGACAACGCCGAAGUCGAGGAUCGGUAGGAUAGUCAGUUUUACUAGGGUAAGUUUGGCGGCGUGAGUGAAGGAGGCUUUGUUCCGGAAUAGAAAGCCGACUCUAGAUUUGAUUUUGGAUUGGAGAUGUUUGAUAUGAGUCUGGAAGGAGAGUUUGCAGUCUAGCCAGACACCUAGGUACUUAUAGAUGUCCACAUAUUCUAGGUCGGAACCGUCCAGGGUGGUGAUGCUAGUCGGGCUUUCGGGUGCAGGCAGCGAACGGUUGAAAAGCAUGCAUUUGGUUUUACUAGCAUUUAAGAGCAGUUGGAGGCCACGGAAGGCGUGUUGUAUGGCAUUGAAGCUCAUUUGGAGGUUAGAUAGCACAGUGUCCAGGGAAGGGCCGGAAGUAUACAGACGUGUACUGACGUGAAAUAAGACCUAUUUCUUUGGCGUGACCGACAACUUCCGGUUCUCUGAAUCGCGCGUUUUGGAGGUGCGAUUGUCUACAGUUUUGCUGCCGUUACGGAUGAAAACUAUCUCCGUCUCGAAGUUUGUUUGAUACAUGUGACCAUAUCAUCUUAAUGUAUGUUUUUUCAAUAUAGUUUAAUCAGAUUAUUUGAAUUUUUUCGGGAGUUUUGCCGUGUUCCGUUCUGUGAGUUUUUUUACUUUGGACAGAACCGUGCCAGUCGACCAGUACCUAUGCUAAAUGAAGAGGGAAAGUUGCCAUUAUGAAUGGAUUGAACGACUCAUCAGGACUAAGGACACCUUGAUCAACAUUCUGAUGAAAGAUCAGCAAUAGUAAGACCCAAUUUACGAUGUUAUUUCAUAUAUCUGUCGUGCAUGUGAACUGGUCGGGGGCGCCCAGCUGGUUCUGGCUGGCGUGGCUAUGCUAAUUUAGCGCUACAUUUUGUUUUCGCUAUAAAACAUUUAAUAAAUCAGAAAUAUUGUUUGGAUUCACCAGAUUUUGGGCUUUCAAUAUCUGUACGCUGUGUAUUUUUUCUGAAAUGUUUUAAGACAAGUAAUUAGUUAUAUGACGUUGGUCUCUGUAAUUGUUCUGGCUGCGUCGGCACUAUUUCAGAUUGCAGCUGCAAUGUAGAACUGUGAUUUAUACCUGAAAAAUGCACAUUUUUCAAAAAAAAACUAUGCUAUACCAUAAAUAUGUUAUCAGACUGUCAUCUUAUGAAGUUGUUUCUUGGUUAGUGGCUAUAUAUAUUUUUAUUUAGUCGAAUUAGUGAUAGCUACUGACGCAGGAAAAAACUGUUGGAGUAAAAAAAUUGUGUCUUUUGCUAACGUGUUUAGCUAAUAGA